CUAGAACUAGAACCUAGAACUGUAAACAUGCACAGUUCUCAUUGGGGAACACAUCAAGACACAACUUCCAACUCCAACUAGAAGUCGGAAGUGCAUCUUGGGAAAUAAAUCAACAUGAGGAUCCGAUCCAAGUACCGUAGCACCACCAUGCACAGCCAGGACGAUGUUUGAUCCAGAGGACAUGCACCGUAAUAAUCAUACAUUAAUCUCUCGCUAGAAGUCACUGCCGCAGAUACACCGGUAUCUCACGAGUCGUCGGUGCGUCGGAUGUAUACAACGGGAAAAUGUGAUUGUUUCAACCGGACUCUUACUUGAAUGUGUGCCUACUUCACAAAGCUAUAUCGGGGACGUGCAUCACUCCCAAUCUCGACCGGAUGAUGGACAGGAAUUACCCGACUCCAAGCUUCGUAGACUCGCUUGCUCCUCCACCACAGACCGCAGCUUGGGCCUACGAGCGUAGCACCGCAUGCAUUAAACCAAGUUCCAGUUAUGGUGCAGCACACUUGGAGUCGGAACUUCUCCAGCGACAAACGUAUGCUUCCAGCCAAAUCCCAGCCUACACCACCGCGCAUCACCCAGCAGCUCUGUCUGGGGUCUUUGAAUCCAGUCUGCAUUCUUCUGGCAGUAACACUACUGAAACCUCAGUCAUGAACUUUCUCCCUACCAUUGAGUCCCGGGGCUUACAGGCUGGACCUGCAACUGCUUCUCUGCUCCCCCAGUUUAGGACUCCCUCCUGGCAGACAGCUGCCAACUCUUCAGCUACAGAACUGUUUCUCACUGGAGCCCUGCCUUCUGCUGGAACCUUCCCCGCGGCUGCCCUGUCCUCCUACCAGCACCCCACUGCCUUCCCCUCGCGGAGUUACACCACCACCCCACUUGCGAUCCAGGACGUCACCUACAGCUCUUCCAACGGCCUGCUGCCCCAAUCUUCCCAGGGUUCCGUGCCUACCGUCCUGGCCUUCGACCGGCUGCCCGGCUCCCCCGUAGCCCUCCCGCCCUCGUCCUCCACGUACCGCUCGGCCCAGGAGUCGGCCCCGCACCUCCUGCAACCUCAGUUCGGCCUACUGCACCCGACCCUGGCGGUGUCCUCCCAGCAGGCCGGUCAGCAGCCUUACGGCGCCCCAGUGUUCUCGGGCUCCAUCGAGCGAGCACUUCAACGCGAAUGUAGUGUGAUCAAGCACCACCAGCGGCCUUCCAGCAGCCAGUCGGUCCAGGGCUUACAGGGCUACCUGCCUGGCGAGAGCGACGUGUCCUUUCAGCAAGAGCCUUCGCGGCAAACCCCAGUGCCCUGUAGCCCGGCCGGGGACUCGGCCCACACGCUCAACGGUGGUGGUGGCCAGCAAAAGAUAACAUCUCAGUCGGCGUUGUCACAGACUCAGGCCUACCCUUCCUCCCCCGGGUUUUCGUCCUCCCCCGGAACGAAAGCCAAAGACUGUGCUUCCAAAAUCGCCACGCGUCCCGGCGACUCGUCGUCGCCAGUGCAGCAGAAGCAGAGCACUGUGAUCGCCUCCCACUCCCUGCCCUACACGCUGCCCAGUUUGUUGUCCGGCAGCCCCUCGCAAACCUAUAUCACGUCCCAGGCCCUCUCCAGCCAUUCGCAGACCUUCUCUGCAAACCCGACCGAGAAACUGCCUUCCCUCUACAAGUCGUUACCACCGUCAUUGUCCUCCGAGGAGUACAAUGCCCAGGUGCAAGGGCUAUGCAUAGGUGGCAACCCCUCGCAAAGCUUCUCCUCCAGCCACUCUCAGGGUCUGCCCAGUGUUAGCUACUACUCCCAAGGGCCAGCAACUGCCAGUUCCUCCCAGAGCUACGCCACUAUCUCCCAGUCCCCUUCCUUUGCCUCCAACCACGCCUCCAGUUUACCAAACUCAAACUCAGACUACAGCCUUGGCGGCAAGGCGGAUAAUUCACUAUUACAGCAGUCUCAGAAAUACUUACUGCAGUCGCAAUCCCCCGCCUCUUCCUCCUCCUCCUCCUCCUCCUCCACUGCCUCUCAUGCCCAAGCCUUACGGAACAACAGAGCCUCAGUGGAAUUAAAGCCAGCUUACAGCAAAGGCAAAGCAGAUGAGAGCGCCUUUCUCACGUCCAAAGAGGAUUGCGGAGAGCUUCCCCUUCAGGACGUGCAGGCGCUGCAGCAGGCCUCUCUGGGGACUCGGUCGCCUCAGCUCGUCAACAGCGAGGUGGGGGGAGCGCAGAACAACAACGUGGUGUACGUGGUGUCCAAAAUGGACGACCGGCACAACACCCAGAGCGUCAUACGGAGCAACUCCCGCACAGAGGACCAGAUGGUGGGGAUCUCCGGCAUGGACCACCCCAUGAAGAACGGCAGGCUGGGCUCCAUGAGCCAACACGGCCAACUCCUCCACGACUCUCACAACGUCAGGACGCCGCCCGGCCCAAAGAGCAACUCGGCAUUACUGCAGUCUUCCCACGUUUCCAACAUGGCUAAGGCCCCUUCGUCGUCGUCGUCGUCGCAGCAGGCGCAGACCAUCCGGACGCACCAUCAACAAGAUCAUUGCCAGUCCCCGCAAGGCUCGGCGCAGUACGUCCGUUCGCCAAACACCCAGAUCCUUCUAGAACCUUCCCAGAUGGUGUACCUUCAGCAGCAGGGCUCGCCGCAGACCGGGCCGGGAGCCUCCAAAGUGGCAAACCAAAUGCAGCAGCCAGUGCAGUAUCUCCACAUGAACAAUGGGAUCGGUCUCAACAUGGACAGCCCACAUUCGCACUCUCAUUCUUCUUCACAGCAGCAGCACCGGGGCCCUGACACGGGGGAGUCCUCCAAGCAGCACCUGUCACCAAAAGGUAGUUUCAGCCAGUCGAGUCAGCAGGACAGCAAGCAGCACUUUGCCCUCAGCUCCAUCUGCUUCCCAGAAUCCAUGUUGCUGGCGGACGAUCGCAACAUCCUGUCCAACGUCGAUGACAUCUUGGCUGCCACCGUGGCCGCUUGCGGUGUCGCUCCUUCCUCUGAGGGGGACAUGCCAUCGAUUGGCAAUCCCACGGACUCCUCCAAGUGUCACUACCAGUCAAAUGGGGGCAGGCACGAGUCUUCGGGCUACUCGUCGCAACACGCCAUCGUGGCCAACGCUUUGACGCUAAAUGGUGGUCAGCUGUCUGGGGACGUUCACAGGUACCCCAAAGACGAGCUCGGGGUACAGCAGUCGUACACGUUAGCCAACUCGCAAAUGUCACAAAGCACAGGUAUCAUUAACUCUCCGCACGACGUUAGCCGAUUACCUAAAGGGCAUCCCAUGAACGGUAACAGCAAUAUGAACAGUGGCGUUUCCUCCAACUAUCACCUGGCUGGCCAGGAGUGUUCGCCAUCAGGGCUCAUGGGUAAAGGCAGAGACAUGGGCCACGGCGAGAGCAUGAUGGGCAUCAAAAUGGAGAAUGGUUUCGACGACUGCGCCACUGACGGACUUCCAAAGAAAAAAUAUAGAUCAAAAGGUUCUUCCAAACUGAUGGCCGAGGAUGAGAAUGGCCAGGCAAGGCGAAGAAACAGUCAAGCCAAGCGUCAGAAUUCGAAAGGCAGCGACACCACGAGCUCGCCGUCUGCGUCUGAGGGCUGCCUGGACGGCUACCAGCAGCACGAAAGGAUGCGUCAAAAGAUAAGGGAAGUGGAGGAGAAACAACCAGAGGUCAAAACUGGAUUCAUCGGGUCCUUCCUAGACUUUCUAAAAUCCGGUCCAAAGCAGCACUACUCAUCUCCGCCUGUCAGAACUCCUAAUCGCGUCAGAAAGCCCCCUACUACUAACAGCAGGAGACCCCCGUGUCCGUUACAGAAACCUCACCACCCUCCUCCCCCACUGAUUUCGCACGGUUCGCAGCAUGAUUCGUCAGCAAAGCGAAUGGAUGAGGAGCUACAUAAAAACCUGGAAGCCCUUCCGUCCUUUUCGUCGGAUGAGGACGAAACGGCUGGAAGGAACCAAGACCUUCAGAAGAGCAUCUCCUCUGCUCUGUCGUGCCUGGAUGAGCAGUCGGACAAGAAGCAGAAAUUGGACAACAGAUCCAUAAGCGUAGUGGGGGGGAAGCAGGGCCACUCCAGUAAGCUGGCAUCAGCUGCCAAACCACAGGACCAGAAGCACCACCACCAGCAGCAGCAGCAGCAGCAGCAGCAGUCGUCAGCGGCACAGGAAAUCAACACCGAAGAGCUUCUGAAGAACGUGUCACCUGACAAGCUCGCCGCACAGCUGGGGACGGUGGCCAUCGAGGGCCUGACUGACGAGGAGCUGUCCGACAGCGGCGGCGAGGGGAUGUAUCGCGAGCGGGACGAGUUUGUUGUGAAGAACGAGGACAUCGAGAGCCUUAAGGUGACAUUGAAAACAGGACUGGAACCUCCAGCCAUCUGGAAAGUACAAAAGGCCCUGCUGCAGAAAUUCAUCCCGGAGCUGAGGGACGGGCGACGGGUGUUUUCAGCCACAAACAGCUACUUGGGGUACUUUGGAGACGCUAAGACGAUGUACCGGCGAGUGUAUGUGAAGUUCCUGGACACGGUCAACAAGAGGGAGUAUGUUCGGGUCUGCAGCAGGAAGCCCAGGUGUAAGCCAAUGCACUCUAUGAGAGGCUCUCAGGGCAAGGUGAUGCAUGGCCAGAGGAUGGGCCCCUCUGCAAUGUCUGACGCCUCCAUGAUGAAGUCCUUCCCACGGCAGCAGCCCAAGCAGCCCCGGCCCCGCGCAUCAGAGGCCCCGCCCAAGAAGAGGAGGAAGUGGAAGGAGCAGUUCGCCACCUCUCCCUGCGCCUCUUCUCCUGAGGCCAUGAGCGACGAGGAAGGCUAUGGGCCUUCAAUUCCGUUCAGUACACGCUGCCUGAACAGCAAGACGAUGAAGGAUACCUUCAGGAGCUACGUGGAACUGCUGAUCACAGUGGCCUUAGAUGCAGAGGUCAUGGACGCUCUGGAGAGGGAGAAUGAUGAUCUUUUGCUCCCCAACAUGAAGAGGGUAGAUGGCAUUAUCACAGACAACAGGAGACGACUACUGCCCAAACUGCGAAUGGGACAGCUGUUCAAGACCGCACUGGAUAACUUCCCGGAGAUCUCAGUGGUGACUGAGCUGAAAAAGGAUGGAGAGACUCCAACUUUUAAAGUGCGUCUGGGUGGCAAGGCUUACAACAGGAAAACUAUGAAGCCUUCCAAAUCCCCCAUGAAAAUCCCAUUGGAGUACACAGUGGAUCAGCACAAGACCCAGUGGUUCUCUCUCUACCACUCCCUUCAGCACUACAAAUAUCACACAUACCUUAUGUGCAAGGACGAGAUUACGUCUCUGCGGUCGCGAGAGGAGGCGCUGGGGCAGAUGGAUGCGGUGCAGACGUGCCUCGACAACAGGCCCUGGGUGGAGGGCCUCUACGACCGCCUUGGAGAGCUCCUCACGCAGGCGCAGCAGGUCUGCCCCUAGCUGAGACGCACACCAUGGUGGAGAGGGGGAGACAGAGGGAGAAAAAGAGAAGAUGACGACAAGACACCAUCGGUGCAUGGCUGCUAUCAGUGGAGAGACAGAUGUGGAGGAGAACGAGAGAGAUCAUCUGUGCAUGGCUGCUCAGAGGGGAGAGAAAGAAGAGAGAGGUGGAGGAGGAGGAGGAGGAGGAGGAGGAUGAGAGACCAUCAAUACAUGGCUGCUAUCAGAACGGACAGGAAACGGGAGUAAGAGGAGGAGACCAUCAACGCAUUGGUGCUAUCAAAGGGGAGAGGAAGAAGAGGAGUAGGAAGGUGAAGAUGAGGUGGCAAGAGGCCGUCAGAACAUGGACACUAUCAGAAGGUUCAGAAGUCCGGGUCACCCAACGGAGAUGGAUAGGGGAGGGGUCUUCGUUUGCCCCUCCCCCUGGUCCUAAAGCACUAAACAUGGAUGGUGAACAGGGUUGAGGUACAUUGUGCAACAGACAGACAGAGCUCUUAGCGAAUCACUCAGACCGGGGGUUGUCCUGGGGAGGCCAUCUUGGAAGUGUGGCACAAAGCAAAACAACAAACUAACAAAACGAAACAAACAAACAGAACUGACUUUCACUGAAACGUAGCUCUUUACGUUGUUUGUUUUACAGCUAGCUAGCUAAAGCUGCUUCUAGUUUUACAUUUUGUACAAAUAAAUGUCGCUGUUAUUUUGUUUUUGUUUUGUUUUUGUGUUGUUUUUGGGCUUCAUCGUGAUGGACCAGGACGGAAAAGCAUGCACUAGAUCCACAAAAGCAAAUUGCAUAGGACUUUUGAACACUUCCAAUCAGAUGUCAACAACUUUUUGAAAAAAGUUGGGAUGAUUAAGUACAUAGGUAGAUAUAUACAUAUAUAAAAAGUAAAUCUAUAUAAUCCAUUAUUAUAAUGGAGUGCCACAUUUAUAAAUAAUACUGUACAUUGUGUAAAGAAAGCUUUUUUGUCAGUACAUUCUUUCAAAGAUAAAUUUUACUUAAUAUAGAUUAAAAUGCCUUUUGUGCUUCAGAAACUCUGUUUUAACAAAGGAUACAUCUGAACAUGGAGUUGGUGCAAUUCUAAUACUGCUUUUUAUUAUAUUUUAUUGUAAUAAAUUGUAUUACCAUAACUAUUUUCUCUGAGAUAAAAGUACAUUGCUUUUGUACACUUUUUUUGUUUUUCUUUACAAAACUACAUUUUAUCUCACUAAUAGUUGUAUUUUUCACAGAAGGAAAUAUUAUGGUCAUUGGUUUCAUGUUCAUCUUUGUAAUAGACCUUUUUUCUGUUUUCAGAAGAGAAUCCCUAUACAUUUAUAUGUCCGUUACAUAUUGUCCACUAUGUACCCUAAGGUAAUUACUGUCUUUAUAAUAUUACGAGUUUGCCUCGGUUUUGAACUGAAUAUUAUGCCAACGGUGUCAGACUAGAGUUUUUGCUUUGAGAAGUGUAGCUGAGUUACACACUGCAAUUAUUUUCUGAUACAUUGAAAUAAAUUUCAUACUAAAUGAGCGUGUACUCGGUGAA